AUGGCCUUUGUCCCAGCACCGGACGGCGCGGCGGUGCGCGAGGUGUAUGAGGAGGCGGGAGUCAAGGGGAAGUUGGGCCGCUUGCUGGGCGUCUUCGAGCAGAACCAGGACCGCAAGCACCGGACCUACGUGUUCGUGCUCACCGUCACCGAGCUGCUGGAGGAUUGGGAAGACUCGGUCAGCAUCGGCAGGAAGCGCGAGUGGUUCAAGAUCGAAGAUGCCAUCAAGGUCCUGCAGUGCCACAAGCCCGUGCACGCCGAGUACCUGGAGAAACUGAAGCUGGGCGGCUCCCCUACUAAUGGGAACUCGGCCGCCCCGUCCCCGCCAGAGAGCGAGCCCUAG